CUUAACCAUAUUUGUCCUUAAAUUUAAUCUACACUCUACUCCAUACUCACCAGUCAUCAUUCAUUAACAACCAUUCCAAAAGAACCCACCAAAUUCUCCUUGCUUUCCUCAACAAUGGCGGAAAAUUCCCCUCAAAUCGACGGGAAUUCGCUCAUUGCAAAAUCCCUAACCCGUUUCGGCGUAACCCACAUGUUCGGUGUCGUCGGAAUACCCGUAACCUCCGUAGCUACCCGUGCAGUUUCACACGGUAUCCGUUUCAUUGCUUUUCACAACGAACAAUCCGCCGGUUAUGCUGCUUCUGCUUACGGGUAUCUUACCCAGAAACCCGGAAUCCUCCUUACAGUAUCCGGCCCGGGUUGCGUUCAUGGACUUGCUGGGCUUUCCAACGCCCAAAUCAAUACUUGGCCUAUGGUUCUCAUUUCGGGAUCUUCCGAUCAACGUGAUUCGGGUAAAGGUGAUUUCCAAGAACUUGAUCAAAUAUCUGCUGUUAAACCUUUUUCUAAAUUAUCAAUUAAACCUACUUCAAUUAGUGAAAUACCCAUGUCAAUUUUCCGGGUUUUAACCCAGGCAGUAUCGGGUCGGCCUGGUGGGUGUUAUUUGGAUUUACCCACUGAUGUUCUUCAUCAGACCAUAUCAGUUUCUGAAGGGGAUGAGUUAAUUUCAAUUGCUGAGAAAGAAAUGCAAAGAAUCGAAGUAGAAGAGUUAAACAAUUCUAAUAUUGCAUCAAAUUCUGAGGUUCAAAAAGCUGUAAAUUUGCUAAAAGAAGCUAAAAAACCAUUGAUUGUAUUUGGAAAAGGAGCAGCUUUUUCAAGAGCUGAAGAUGAAUUGAAAAAAUUAGUGGAAAGUACAGGAAUUUCCUUCUUGCCUACUCCAAUGGGGAAAGGAUUGAUUUCUGAUAAUCAUGAGCUAGCGGCCACCGCAGCUCGGUCGCUUGCUAUAGGGCAAUGUGAUGUUGCACUUGUAAUUGGGGCUAGGCUAAAUUGGCUCCUUCAUUUUGGGGAACCCCCAAAAUGGUCCAAAGAUGUGAAAUUUAUAUUGGUUGAUGUUUGUGAGGAGGAAAUUGAGUUAAGGAAACCUUGUGUUGGUUUAGUUGGUGAUGCUAAGAAGGUUGUAGGAAUGAUUAAUAAGGUCAUAAAGGAUGAUCCCUUUUGUUUAGGGAAGAAUCAUCCUUGGAUUGAGGCGAUUUCAAAGAAGGUUAAGGAUAAUGUGAGUAGGAUGGAAGGUCAAUUAGCUAAGGAUGUUGUGCCCUUUAAUUUUUUCACUCCUUUGAGGAUAAUUAGGGAUGCUAUAAUUGGUUUAGGGAGCCCUGCACCGGUUUUGGUGUCUGAAGGGGCAAAUACGAUGGAUGUCGGUCGUGCUGUGUUGCUUCAGACCGAGCCUAGGACGAGGCUGGAUGCUGGUACUUGGGGUACAAUGGGGGUUGGUUUAGGUUAUUGUAUCGCUGCUGCUGUGGCGUGUCCUGAUCGGUUAGUGGUUGCUGUUGAAGGCGAUUCUGGUUUCGGGUUUAGUGCUAUGGAAGUUGAGACAGUUGUUCGAUAUCAGUUGCCUAUCGUAGUUAUAGUCUUCAAUAACAGUGGAGUAUACGGUGGCGAUAGGAGAAGUCCAGAAGAAGUUACGGGUCCUCAUAAAGACGAUCCUGCCCCGACUUCCUUUGUCCCGGAAGCAAAAUACCAUGUAAUGAUGGAAGCUUUCGGGGGCAAGGGCUAUCUCGUUAGAGACCCGGCUGAACUGAAGUCGGCCUUGGAUGAAUCAUUCUCCGCCAGGAAACCCGCAGUAAUCAACGUCAUAAUCGAUCCUUUUGCUGGUGCCGAAAGUGGGCGGAUGCAGCACAAAAACUAAGGUAGAAUAAUAUGAAAACAUUCGUUGGAUGGAAUACGCUCACGAAAAUUACUGCCCUUUGUACCGUAAGUAUGUGAUUUUUCGAGUCGAAUGAACAUCCACGAAAGUUGUAAUAAAUCGACAUUAGACAGUUUGAUUCGGCGUUUGUCUUGUAUUUGAAGUUGUUGGAGUGUAUUAAUUGUAAUCUGUAUUUUAGAGAGGUGUACAUCAUUCAAGCCUGAAAUGCUUGCUGAUCAAAAUAGGAUUUUGAAGCAUAUUAUCUAUACUUCAUAUUGUAAUGUAACAAACCAUGGACAUUUUUCUUCC